UCAGAGAACACAAUGAGACUUUCGCUCCCUUCUUUUAGCUCCGUCGCGUUUAUCACAGGAAUCAUCUUCGCCUUUCUUCUUCAAGAGUCUGUGUCCUACGAACGCCCGAAGGCGAGAGAGACCCUCGCUAUUCCUCUUGCUGACGAUGCUGACGAGCUCACUCCUCAACAGGUGCAUAUAUCCCUAGCGGGGAGAGACGAAAUGAGAGUGACAUGGAUCACGGACGACGAUGCUCCGUCAACCGUAGAAUACGGAACCGUCUCCGGUGAAUACCCCUUCUCUGCUUCUGGCUCUGCCUCCUCCUACUCGUACGUCAUGUACAAUUCAGGACAGAUUCAUGAUGUAGUUAUUGGCCCUUUGCAACCCGAUACAGUUUACUACUACCGUUGCGGCUCCAAUCCGGCUCGCGAGUUCUCCUUCAAGACACCUCCUCCCGUACUUCCCAUCAAAUUUGCCAUCGUUGGCGACUUAGGCCAGACAGAUUGGACAAACUCGACCCUCACACACAUGACCGACUCAAACUACGACAUCUUGCUGCUCCCUGGCGACCUCUCCUACGCCGACACAAACCAGCCGCGGUGGGACUCCUUCGGUCGCCUGAUCGAGCCUCUCUCCAGCACCCGGCCUUGGAUGGUCACACAAGGCAACCAUGAGAUCGAGAAAAUACCAAUUGUCGAAACAAAACCAUUCAAAGCGUACAACGCUAGAUGGAGAAUGCCUUACGAUUUAAGCGGGUCAAGAUCAAACCUUUACUACUCCUUUGAUGUCGCAAAUGGCUCGGUUCAUGUGAUCAUGUUGGGCUCGUACGCUGAUUUUGAUUCGAGUUCAGGUCAGUAUAAGUGGUUGGUGGAGGAUUUGGGUAAGGUUGACCGGAGGAGGAUGUGGACGGUGGUACUGAUACACGCGCCGUGGUAUAACAGUAACACCGCACAUCAAGGUGAAGGCGAGGACAUGAGGGCGUCCCUGGAGGAAAUUUUAUACGGCGGUCGCGUCGAUGUCGUCUUUGCUGGUCAUGUGCAUGCCUAUGAACGAUUUACGAGGGUGUUCAACAAUGAUGAGGAUGAUUGUGGACCGGUGCAUAUAACCAUUGGAGAUGGAGGCAACAAGGAAGGACUCGCAUCGGAUUACAUAGAUCCGCAGCCUAAGAUUUCAAAGUUUAGAGAGGCGAGCUUCGGACACGGAGAACUCGAUAUCGUGAACCAUAGUCAUGCACGGUGGACAUGGCACCGGAACGAUAACGAUGAACCUGUCAUCGCCGACCAGGCUUGGCUCACCAGCCUCUCUUUAAACAAAGCAUGUAACAAGAAGAAAUGAUGCCUCAAUUUCGGCCUUUGCCCCUGUAGUUCGGUUGGUACUGAUCAUCCUAAUUUUUGGCAAAGGCGACUUUUCGAAAAUCUUAUAUACAUUUCCAUUGAAGUAUGGAUUAAUUGAUGCAAGCAAACCAUGAGGUUUUCUCACUCAAAGCUGCAAGAUGAACAUGUUCUCUUUAUUCAAUUCAUUGAGGGGAUGAAAAUUGAAGUGUUUGAGACAAUUAAUUGUUCCCCUAGUCAAUCUAUGGUGCGUUUGAAAUGUUUGUUGUACGAGUUGUUCUAUUUUUGGCUGUGUAUAUAAUCUCCUGCCAUUAUUUAUCGAACUGUUC